AUGUCUCUGUCUAAGACUCCACUUGCCCGAUCACUUGAUAGACGGUCCACUUUCGACCUCAAGGAUGCUAAAUCCAGUAAUGGAUCUCUGAAGGGGGCAGGUCCCAUUCGAGGUUUCUCACAAGCUCAGAUAGUUCUAUCCAAUGCCAGGAUGAAUCAGUCCAAAUCCACCCAUCGGGUGUUCAUAGCCCUGGGCAGUAAUAUGGGAGAUCGGGUUGAAAUGAUCGAGAAGGCUUGUCUGGAACUUGACAGGGCUGGUAUCACGGUGAAAAGGACCAGCUCCUUGUUCGAGACAGCUCCCAUGUACGUUCUCGAUCAAGACACGUUCAUGAAUGGCGUUUGCGAGGUGGAAACCACUUUAGAGCCAUUAGAGCUCCUCGACGUCACUCAAUCCAUCGAAAUUGGCCUGGGCAGGAAGAAAUUGGUUGAUAAAGGGCCUCGAUCCAUUGACUUGGACAUCCUUCUCUACGAUCAGCGGAUCUUCACCCAUGAACGCCUGGAUAUUCCACACCGGAUGAUGCUAGAAAGGGAGUUUGUCCUACGUCCCUUGAGCCAACUCAUCCCGCAUGAACGCCCUCCCUUUCCGGGGCACAACACGCAUUUUUUAUCCCACCUCAACUCCCUCCCUCCGCCGGACCAGACUCCAGUUGCGACCACGCACAUCUCGAGACACGUCCCGGCAAUUCAUUCAACAGACCCUCAUCGUCCCACCCACAUCAUGGCGAUCCUCAACCUGACGCCCGAUUCCUUCUCCGACGGAGGCAAACACUCUUCCACUGACUUCUCAGCCCUGACCAACACAGUUCGUAAUUUCAUCGCCUCAGGUGCAACAAUCAUCGACAUUGGCGGCGAGAGCACCCGUCCGGGCUCCACCCCAGUCGACGAAGCCGAAGAACUCGCCCGAGUCAUCCCAGCAAUCCGACACAUUCGCACAUCGAUUCCCGAAGCCGCCAACGUCGCCAUCAGCAUCGAUACCUACCGUGCGCGAGUCGCCGAAGAAGCCUGCGCCGCCGGCGCAGACAUCAUCAACGACGUAUCCGCCGGUCUUCUUGACCCCGAAAUGCUCCCGACCAUGGCGCGCCUCGGGAAAACUAUCAUCCUCAUGCACAUGCGAGGAACCCCCUCGACCAUGACCAAGUUAACCGACUACCCUAACGGCGUCGUCCAAGAUAUCAGCACCGAACUCCUGGGCCGCAUCGCGGCCGCCGAAGCAGCUGGUAUUCGGCGCUGGCGGAUCAUCCUCGACCCCGGGCUGGGUUUCGCCAAGGGCCAGUCCCAGGACCUGGCUAUCCUGCGGGAUCUGCAUAGACUCCGGACCGGAAUCCAUGGUCUGGAUUGCUUUCCGUGGCUGAUGGGACCAAGUCGGAAGCGGUUUAUCGGGCGGCUUACGGGUGUCGACAAAGCCAGUGACCGUGGCUGGGGUACUGCUGCCGCUGUCACUGCUAGUGUUGCCGGUGGCGCUGAUAUAGUUCGCGUUCAUGAUGUCAAGGAGAUGGCCCAGGUAACGAAGGUGGCGGAUGCGAUUUACCGAGGGUGA